AGGCGCCGGGGUGAGCUCAUCCCGGGAGCUGGGGAGGGAGCGCAGCGCGGAGGCUCCUGCAGCAGCCGCAGCAACUUUGUUGGGAAGGGGAACGUUGAGUGGGAACGGGUCUGAACGGUUCAAGGAGGGGAAGAAAGGAAAAGGGGGUUUCUAGUGAGUGUUUAUUGUUGAGUUCAUGAGGGACAGAGCAGAAACCAGGAUCUGUAAAGUAAGAAAAGGUCAUACGAUUCAUUGUAUGGAUGCUGAAGCUAAGUUCUGUGUAUUGGCCAACAUGCCAUGAAAUUACAAAGCAACUUGUUCUAUGAUGUUUAAAGUCCUGCUCUGAGACUUCAGAAAAGGAGUAAGAGGCAGUAUGGAAGCAUAAAAUCAUUGGAUUAUAAUAACUCUGAAGUUUUGGAUCCCAAGUGAUGCUAAGACAAUUUAGGCCUAUUGGAAUAUGGCCACCUGUUAAAAUGCAGAAGCUAAAGGAGCUAUUACAUAUCAAAACUUACUGAAGACCUGAAUUUCCUGGAUAUCUGUCAUUUAACCACUUCCUUAAAUGACCAGGAUUGGGAUCUCAUGCAACCAGUGUAUAUUUUGGAGACUAUUCUCCAAAAGGGAAUUGUGCAUUUAAAAAGCAGAGAUGACUAUGUCUUCUUUUGGAACUUACUAAAGCUAAACAUAUUUACAAAUCAUGACCAGCUUGAAGCGGUCCCAGACUGAAAGAGCUGUUGCCACUGGGGUAGCAGUUGGAACAGAUGGAGGUUCUAAAGUCCAUUCAGAUGACUUUUACAUGAGGCGCUUUAGGUCACAGAAUGGCAGCUUAGGAUCUGCAGUCAUGGCUCCAGGGGGGCCUUCACGCAGUGAAGGUCCCCACCACCUUACCUCUACUCCUGGUGUUCCCAAAAUGGGAGUUAGGGCCAGGAUUGCUGACUGGCCCCCAAGGAAGGAAAAUGUCAAAGAAACUAGUAGAUCAAGUCAGGAAAUUGAAACAUCAAGUUGCCUUGAUAGUAUGUCCUCUAAAAGCAGUCCUGGGAGUCAGGGGAGCUCUGUUAACCUGAAUGCUAGUGACUCUGUCAUGUUAAAGAGUAUCCAGAACACUCUUAAAAACAAAACAAGACAAUCUGAGAAUCUAGACUCUAGGUUUCUUACACCUGAUGGUUACCCCAGUUCCCCUAGGAAAGCCCUUCGCAGAAUAAGACAACGCAGUAACAGUGACAUUACCCUAAGUGAGCUUGAUGUGGAUAGCUUUGAUGAAUGUAUUUCACCCACUUUUAAAUCUGGGCCAUCACUGCACAGGGAAUAUGGCAGCACAUCCUCAAUAGAUAAACAGGGAACUUCAGGGGAGAGUUUUUUUGAUUUAUUAAAGGGUUAUAAAGAUGAGAAAUCUGAUCAGAGAAGCCCAGCUCCAUCAAAGCUCAGUGAACUUCUGAUAGCCAGUGGAAGCAAGGGUUCAGGAUUCUCUUUGGAUGUGAUAGAUGGGCCAAUCACUCAGAGAGAGAACCUCAGACUCUUUAAGGAAAGGGAGAAACCACUUAAAAGGCGCUCAAAAUCAGAGACUGGAGAUUCUUCUAUUUUUCGUAAGUUGCGUAAUGCCAAAGGUGAAGGGGAACUCUCAAAGUCUUCAGACCUUGAAGAUAACCGGUCAGAAGACAGUGUUAGGCCUUGGACUUGUCCAAAAUGCUUUGCCCAUUAUGAUGUUCAGAGUAUAUUAUUUGAUUUAAAUGAAGCAGCAAUCAACCGACAUAAUGUUAUUAAAAGAAGGAACACUACAACAGGAGCUUCUGCUGCUGCUGCAGCAUCAUUAGUUUCUGGGCCCUUGUCCCAUUCUGCAAGUUUUAACUCUCCUAUGGGCAGCACUGAAGACCUGAAUUCAAAAGGAAAUCUCAAUAUGGACCAGGGGGAUGAUAAAAGCAAUGAACUUGUGAUGAGUUGUCCUUAUUUUCGUAAUGAGAUUGGCGGGGAAGGAGAACGGAAGAUCAGCCUGUCCAAAUCUAAUUCAGGUUCCUUCAGUGGAUGCGAAAGUGCCUCUUUUGAGUCUGCUCUUAGCUCCCAUUGCACAAAUGCAGGAGUGGCAGUACUUGAAGUACCCAAGGAAAAUCUGGUGUUACAUUUAGAUAGAGUGAAAAGAUACAUUGUUGAACACGUGGACCUUGGUGCAUACUAUUAUCGGAAAUUCUUCUAUCAGAAGGAACACUGGAACUAUUUUGGGGUAGAUGAGAGCCUGGGUCCAGUAGCUGUGAGCAUUAGAAGAGAAAAACCGGAUGAAAUAAAAGAAAAUGGACCUCUAUAUAACUAUCGCAUCAUUUUCAGAACCAGUGAGCUUAUGACUUUAAGAGGCUCUGUGCUGGAAGAUGCUAUCCCUUCAACUGCAAAGCAUUGCACAGCCAGAGGACUUCCCUUAAAAGAAGUGCUUGAACAUGUGGUUCCUGAGCUGAAUAUCCAUUGCCUCAGAUUGGCUUUCAACACUCCUAAAGUCACAGAGCAGCUUAUGAAACUGGAUGAACAAGGGUUAAGCUAUCAGCUGAAGGUGGGGAUCAUGUAUUGCAAAGGUGGACAGAGCACUGAAGAGGAAAUGUACAACAAUGAGUCAGCAGGGCCAGCCUUUGAAGAGUUUCUUCAGCUCUUGGGAGAACGAGUUCGACUUAAGGGGUUUGAAAAGUACCGUGCUCAGCUGGACACCAAGACUGAUUCAACAGGAACUCACUCUCUCUAUACAACUUACAAGGACUAUGAAAUCAUGUUUCAUGUUUCCACCAUGCUGCCAUACACUCCUAACAACAAGCAACAGCUCCUGAGAAAACGGCAUAUUGGAAACGAUAUUGUGACGAUUGUUUUCCAGGAAACUGGAGCACAGCCAUUCAGCCCAAAGAACAUUCGUUCUCACUUCCAGCAUGUAUUUGUCAUUGUAAGAGUGCACAACCCCUGCACUGACAACAUCUGUUACAGCGUUGCUGUGACAAGAUCCAGAGAUGUACCAUCGUUUGGACCACCAAUCCCAAAAGGUGUUACCUUUCCUAAAUCAAAUGUGUUCAGGGACUUCUUACUGGCCAAAGUGAUUAAUGCAGAGAAUGCUGCUCAUAAAUCCGAGAAGUUCCGUGCCAUGGCCACCAGGACUCGUCAAGAGUACUUGAAAGAUCUAGCAGAAAAGAAUGUCACCAAUACACCCAUUGACCCAUCUGGCAAGUUCCCCUUCAUUUCACUAGCCUCAAAAAAGAAGGAAAAGUCCAAACCUUAUCCAGGAGCAGAGCUCCAUAGUUCUGGUGCCAUUGUGUGGAGUGUCCAUGCAAAGGACUAUUGCAAGGGUAUGGAAAUAGACUGUCUCCUGGGUGUAUCUAAUGAGUUUGUAGUUCUCGUUGAGCAGGAUACAAAGAGUGUGGUGUUCAAUUGUUCCUGCAGAGAUGUGAUAGGGUGGACUUCAACCGACACAAGCAUCAAACUCUUCUAUGACCGGGGUGAAUGUGUUUCUGUGGAGAGCUUUAUCAACAACUCUGAUGAUAUCAAAGAGGUCGUAAAAAGGCUGGAGUUUGUGACAAAGGGCUGUGAGACCACGGAGAUGACUUUACGUAGGAAUGGACUGGGUCAGCUUGGUUUCCAUGUGAACUAUGAAGGCAUUGUGGCAGACGUUGAGCCCUAUGGCUAUGCUUGGCAGGCAGGAUUACUGCAGGGUAGCCGGCUAGUGGAGAUCUGCAAAGUGGCUGUAGCCACUCUAAGCCAUGAGCAAAUGAUUGACCUGCUGAGAACAUCAGUAACCGUGAAGGUUGUCAUCAUUCCUCCCCAUGAGGACUGCACUCCACGCAGGAGUUGUUCAGAAACCUGUCGCAUGCCAGUGAUGGAAUACAAAGUGAAUGAAGGAGUUCCAUAUGAGUUCAAAUUCCCCUUCAGAAACAACAACAAAUGGCAACGAAAUGCAAACAAGGGGCAGGGGCCUCAUAUGUCACAGGUACCAUCCCAGAUACAAAGUCCAGUAACCUCUAGGAUUGGUUCAGGGAAAGGAGAAGGGAAAAUGCCACCCCAAGAGCGAGCAACCAACAUUCCCCGCAGCAUCUCUAGUGAUGGACGUCCAUUGGAGAGCCGGCGGUUGUCUCCUGGUUCUGAUGUCUACGUCACAGUUUCAUCCAUUGCCUUAGCAAGAUCACAGCAGUGUCGUAACUCCCCCAGCAAUCUGUUGUCCUCGAGUGAGACUGGCUCUGGUGGGGGAACCUACAGACAAAAAUCUAUGCCAGAAGGAUUCGGAAUGAGUCGUAGAUCCCCUGCCUCCAUCGACAGGCAGAACACGCAGACAGAUACUGGUGGCAGCGGCAAAUCCACACCAAGCUGGCAGAGAAGUGAGGAUAGCAUUGCUGACCAGAUGGAACCCACAUGCCAUCUCCCAGCUGUAUCAAAAGUACUGCCAUCCUUCAGAGACAGCCCCAGUGGAAGACUAAUGAGGCAGGAUCCUGUUGUUCACUUGUCUCCAAAUAAGCAGGGUCAUUCUGACAGCCACUACUCCAGCCACUCCAGUAGCAAUACUCUCUCCAGCAAUGCCUCCAGUGCCCAUAGUGAUGAGAAAUGGUAUGACAGUGGCGAUCGCACUGAGUCAGAGCUGAACAGCUACAACUACCUUCAAGGGACUUCAGCUGAUAGUGGCAUAGAUACCACCUCAUAUGGCCCCAGCCAUGGCAGCACAGCUUCUCUGGGAACCUCAGCAACAUCUCCUCGAUCAGGGCUUACAAAGGAGAAAGUGACACCACUGUGGCAUAGUUCCAGUGAAGUAGUCUCCAUCGCAGACAGGACUUUAGAAAAAGAAAGCCAUGUUGUAGACCGGAAGACGGAGUCUUCACUAAGCCUGGAUAUUCACAACAAGAGUCAACCAGCCUCCAAUCCUUUAACAAGAGAGAACAGUGCUUAUAGUCUUAGUGAUGCUGUUUCCCACACAAGUACCAUGAGCUCACGACACUCUGCCAGCCCAGUUGUUUUCACCAGUGCCAGAAGUUCACCUAAAGAAGAGAUUCAUUCUGCUACUUCCCCACAGCUCGCACCUUCUUUCUCCUCCUCCUCUUCCUCCUCCUCUGGUCCUAGGACUUUCUACCCUCGCCAGGGUGCUACUAGCAAGUACCUGAUUGGAUGGAAAAAACCUGGAGGGACAAUAAACUCUGUGGGGUUUAUGGAUACCAGAAAACGUCACCAGAGUGAUGGCAAUGAAAUGGCCCAUCCACGGUUGCGUGCAUCAGCCAGAGAUCUACGGGCAUCACCAAAACGAGCAUCCAAGUCCACUGUUGAGGAAGAGCUGAAGAAACUGAUAGAUCUUGACAGCCCAACACCAGAGUCCCAGAAGAAUUUUAAGCAGCACUUCUUGUAUUUGAUAAUCGAGAGGUCCUGUUUCCUGUCUCCGUUCCCUAGCACUCCUACCACAAAGCGUGCCUUGCAGAGGACUCUGUCAGAUGAGAGUAUUUACAGUGGUCAAAGGGAACACUUCUUCACCUCACGGGCCUCACUCUUGGACCAAGCCCUGCCAAAUGAUGUCCUGUUCAGCAGCACAUAUCCUUCUCUCCCCAAGUCGCUACCCUUACGAAGGCCAUCAUACACUUUAGGAAUGAAGUCAUUACAUGGAGAGUUCUCUGCCUCAGACAGCUCCCUCACAGACAUCCAGGAUCAGAGAAAGCAGCCCAUGCCAGACCCAGGUCUUAUGCCCUUGCCCGAUUCUGCCUCCGAUCUGGACUGGUCAAACUUGGUAGAUGCUGCCAAAGCCUUUGAGGUUCAGCGAGCCUCAUUCUUUGCUGCUAGUGAUGAAAACAACAGACCUGUGAGUGCUGCUUCCAAUAGUGAUCAGACUGAGGACCAGCUUACUGCACAGAUGAAGCUUUACACAGGUAAAGAGUCUCCUCCUACUCUCGCUUCCAAAGUGGACCAACUGGAAAGUUUGCUGAAGAUGCUCCAAGAGGAUUUAAAGAGGGAAAAAGAAGACAAAGCCAACCUUCAGGCAGAAGUGCAACAUUUGCGAGAAGACAACUUACGGUUACAGGAGGAGUCCCAGAGUGCAUCCGAGAAACUGAAGAAAUUCACUGAAUGGGUUUUCAACACGAUUGAUAUGAACUGAGAACAGUAAAUGGGGAAGGAAAACAUCAGUUAUAAAUAAUUGUUAGUGGGACUUAGCUUUAAUCAUGAUAUGUGAAAGUAUAAUCAGAGCACUUCCCCGCCCUACGUACUCUGAUGACCCCUUUUUGCGCCUCUGCACGCACUCAGAACAAUCGCAGAUCAACAAUCAUUGUCUGCCUUUUGUAGAAAAACAAAAAAAUAAUUUAAAAAAGGUGAAAUAAAAGUUUAAUGGCUAAAAUGUGAAUGUCUUUAUUUUUUGCACAUUAUCUCUUUACCUGUUAUGUACAAAAUGAUUUGGAGGCUGGACCAGAAUUGUUCGGUCUAUUUGCCUCUAUUUAUUUCUAUUAACUCCUUUCUAUCUGUUUCAGGUAAUCUGCUUUUCCUUGCUGCUUUGAUAAAUAUUAUGACUCCUAGGAAACUAGAAAGAAAUGUUUAUUUUGCUGCUUUCCUUACAUUGUUUUCUGAAGUAUGCCACAGACAAGGGGAUUUAAAACAAUGUUUUAGGUGUCUCCUGAAUGAUUUGUGCUUGAUCACUAGUGCUGUCUUCACAUAUGUUAUACAGAACAUAUGCCCAUAGUGUAUGGUACAGUACAAUCAGCAUCAGAACAUUGAAAGAGAGAGUAGACACUUGAGCCAUGGAUGAGUCAGAUUAUCACACACGUCCUUGCAUUAGCACUUCUAGUUGCCUUUGUUUCCUAUGGAAACAAUGGUUGCCAGGUACUUUAGGAAUAGUGCAACUUGGCAUGCUAAAUGGCACGCUACGUCAGGCUGACUGAGAGAAUACUGAGAGUAACUGCUGUACUUCUGCUUAAGUAUUGUCUCCGUCCCUCCCCUACCUGGGGAUCUAUUACCUACCUAUAUAUAGUAGGUCCUUGGCUGGCGCUGUAAAGUGUUUGAUUUUUUUUCAAACUGUAUGCAUUUUCUUAUACACCAUAUAUGCCAUUGUCAUUGCACCUGCCCUCCCAUCCCCACCCAGUUUGGUCAUAGAACUUUUCAAAUAAAAAAAGGCAGAAGAAAUGUUUAUUAAUCUCAACUAUAUAGCAGGUCUUUGGCAUUAGUAAACCUUUAAUAACCUUGUUAUGGAUAAUGCAAAUGGGGAAAUAUAAAGCUGUAGUUAGAGACUUUGUCCCCUUCCUUAAGUAGUGGGACAAGGAGGGAAGCAGUAUUUUAACUCUUGGAUCUCUGAUGUCUGGAUUUCCCAGUGCAACUGGUUAGCAUAAGAUUUCCUUCCCCGCCUGCCUGACACCAGGAAGAUUAACUUGUUUUUCUUUGAAGGAGCUAUAAACUUGCCAUAAAAUGUCACCUCUCCAGAAAUACCUUUUUGGUGUCACAAUAUAACUCAUACUACAGCCUGCACUGAUUUUGAUGCAAGCCACAUGCAGUGAAGUAUCAUCUUUGCCCUUCUCUGUAUGCAUCCACUAACACCUUCACAUUGAAACACACAUUGCCUUACACAAGUAACAUUGUAUUAUUUGUCCAUUUCAGGAAUAGCUUCCCCUUCUUCCGCAGUCACCCACUCUCGCAAAAGAAAUAAUCAGUGGGAAUCUUCCAAGCUCUCUCUGAUGCCCUUUUUCAUGCUCUUUAAUCCUACUACAGAGAAACUUGCUACACUUUGACCUAAAGCUUGAUUUGUGGUGAUAAUCCCCAUGGAAUUCUUCUCUGAUAGUGUCUUGUCAUGGAAAUGAAUCCAUUUGGAACUAUUUCUGGAGUGCUUUUGUAAAGGUUGAGAAUGUCCUGUUAUUUUUUAAAAAAUGACUUGUAUGAAGGAGAUUUGUAUAAUGCCUGAUAUUAUUUGUAAAUGGGAAAUAUUGCUAACAUCCCUGAGCAUCCUGAAGUCUUGCUUAUUCUCUUCUAUUUUUAAGUUUGGUUUGGUUUUUAUUUUAUUUUAAAAAAGUUUUGGGACUUGGGGCAGACUAUUUAUUAGAGUUUUGCAACAGAGUUCUUGUAUGAAGCCUCUAAAGGCAACUUGUAAAAUUCUGACAAUAAAACUCAUUUUAAAGGCUCUUC